CAAUUUUCGCGGGAACCAACGCCUUAUUUUGGCGGGAGUCAACGUGUCAAGCUGACAGAGCCCCCCCGUCUCCUCAUAGAAUCCAUUCCAUAUAUAAACUCACCCCCUCAAUCUCCAUUUUCCCCCUCAUUUUCCUUCUUUCAAUCCAUAGCAAUGGCGGACGCUUCAAAGAAAAUUUCUUCUUCAUCAUCAUCAUCAUCAUCAUCAACUUUACCCUUCAAGUCGAAGAAACCUUUGCCUUCCAACUCCAAAUCUUUACUUGAGGAUCCGCAAUCAUUGAGCUCCAAGACGCCGGAGAAGCCGGCGGAGCUCUCUACCAGAACUAGGAACCGUAAGGUUGCACUUUCGAUCAAAGAGGUUAAAAGAGCCGCUCUGAGUGUCACUCAAUCGAAUCGUCAGUUGCCUCUUCAUCUGGCUAUUGAAGAGAGUAAAUCGGUUAGAAGACAGAUAGAUUUGUGGUCGAAUGAAAGUCAGUCGGUUGAUAAUAAGUCUAAGAAAUUUCCUGAGAAAUUUGAGAUGCUUUGUAAGUUCUUUUAUAGUUUAGAUUCUGCAAUGCGGUUGUUGCGAUUUAAAGGUGUUGCAUCCAACUUCUCUAACGUUUGCCCUAAGAUUGAAGCCCUCACUGAUAGGAGGUUUACAUAUGGUCAUUUGGCUCAAUUCAAGUUUAUUUUACGUGAAGCAAUUGUUCUCAAGAAGGUUCUGGUCUAUGAUGAGCGGACCUGCUGCAUGAAACCGGAUCUUCACAUAUCUUUCAAUUUUGGUGUUCCAGAGAAUCAGGAGGACCAGUAUAUGCAACUGAGGAAGUUGUUUCGGGCACGACUUUCAGAAUUUGUUAGUUCCUAUCCAGAGACUGAUGAUGUUCCAAAAGAUUUGCUACCAAAUCCAUUCAAUUUCCGAAGCCAAGAUCUUGUCGCAAAAUCUAACUCACUAUCCUCUAUCAAGACGUCGAUUGAGCAAUUGGCCCCUGAGCAACCAAUGCCUUCAAUAGAAGGGAUUUCUUUUAACCAUCAUUCAGAAGAACAUCAAGGUUUCCGGAUGGUUAAGUCUACCAUGCCUGUAACUGACCCGAGUAAGCAGAAGGAAUUUAUAGGGUUAUCUCAUUUUUCACCAUCUUUUAGCCGGCGUUUCUCUCAAAAAGUUGUCGACAGAGAAAUAGCAAAUAAUGAUCAAGUUACAAAGCCUUCUAACCAAGUUUCAUCUUAUACUGAUGUUGAGACAAAUAUCGACAUGGAAUCUUCUGUUGUAGCAUCUUCAACAGAGCCUUUCUCCCCCAUUAAACUACCUUCCAACUCAACUUGCAAUGUAAAUUGUCACAAAAACUAUGCUUCUCCAAUUCGUUGUUCGGCAUUGGCCCUUCCCACAACUCCCAGUAAUACAGUAGGCAGAGUUACCAUGAUGGUAGAAUGUGACCAAUCUGCAAAAGCUAAUGACAUUGAUUCAACCCCAGGAAAGCUUCUUUCAACCCCAACUCAGCUGAUGACUAACACACCUGCAAUGCCUCCACCAAAACGAAGUUCCAUGACUCCGGAUGACGAUUCUUCUUUCUCAACAAACAAGUUGGUCAGACGUCCACCCCGUUCGAGAUCACUUGUAUUUGACACUCCUACAAAGGAAGAUAAAAACAAUGAUGAGACAGAUGUUUCACUUGAGGAUGACAUUCUGGAUGUUUUAUCUUCAAGUCUCGUACAAUCAAUUAAAGAGAAAGAACGAAAGAUCAAAGAAGAGCAAAUGCCGGCAAUAACACAAGCUAAGAGACGACAGAAAAUGAUUGCUAACCUGCCAAAACUCUUCAAUGCUAUAUUUUUCUUGUACCACAAGCGUACAGUUAUUAGAAAGCAGAAGCUAUUAAACGAAAUAAUCGCUGGCAGUGACAAAAGAGAAAUUGAAGAGCAGCUAGAUUUGUUAUUCGAACUUGCACCCGAAUGGAUUUAUCCAAAAUUGACAUCCGGUGGUGAUGUGCUAGUUUGCAUUAAUAAAUUGACCAAUGUCGAAUCUGUACGUGUUCGGCUUGAGGAAGCUAAGUGAAGAAAGGAGUUGAGAAGUUUGUCUACCUUUCUUUUUCUCUCAGCAUCUAACCUUGCAAAUACGCAAUUGAAAUUUCAACUUUCUUCAUCAAGCACCAGUCAUUUUUUUAUAAUGGGUAGUAGCUUGCUUUCCUCUGGUAAGAUGCAUGGUUUAAGGGAUAGGGCAAGUUCUUCAAACCUUGUAUUGCUUUGCAUCUGCUGUAAGAUAUGGUUCUCAGUGAACACUAGAAAUAUUUAUAUAUGAUUUGGUGGGUAAGGAGCAUGGAAAAGGUUAUGAGAUAGAAAAUCAUUGACUUUAUAAAAUGUCUCACACCAUUUUCAAAGUUCAAAGAUAGCGAUUUUUGUUAUGUCACUAGUUCGACUUUUCCUUGUUAAUCUGGAGGGGAAAAUCAUCUGUCAAAAUUCACUAUUUUGAAACAUUUUCUAUCA